AUGCAGUUCAACACCGUUUCCACUUGUUCUGCCUUCACUAAUACCUCUGCCACUGCCGCCACUCAUCUCUAUUUCGGCGCUGCCGUCGACGUCGAUGGGUUCAAGAACCUCCAAAUUCUCGCAGGACCAAGCCACCAACCGGUUACCGGCAUCAAGUCUACAAAGAUUCCAGGUUUGCUCUCCCUAAUGAAGCCCGUGGAGUCCAAGGCAGUCGUUCGAAUCCGUGAGAGCGACCAAUUCCCCUCGCCCGAAGACUCGGACGAUGAACGCAACAUUUUCGUAGACGGCGAAACCGAUCCUUCUUUCCGACGACCGAAGCGAAUGCAUGAGGAGGAUAGCUACAACGGCAUCCUUGAGGUCGAGAACUCUCUCUUGCUCUCUCUGAACGCGUCUGUCGGCACCAUCUCGCCCAGUGUAGAUUCUCCAGCAGCGAAGAGGCCACGGCUCACGUCGGACGAGCCAACCAUCGACGAGAGGGAGGACCAGCACAAUGCUGGGCCUCAUCUGGGGCCGGACGAGAGGAUGGGUGACGAUGAGAGCGAUUCCAGCAGUGAUAUGGAGGCAGAGGCCGAGGAUUUCUCCCUCAUCGCUCUCACACAGGGCCUCCUUGACGACCUCGUGGGCUUCAUCGAAGAAGCCGCACUGUAUGAAGCCAAACGUCUUCCGGAGAAGGCGUCCAUGAACCAAGACCCGAACCUACCUCCUAACGUCGACCCAUGCCCUAUACAUUCCUUCGGGACCGCCGCCGAACGUCCGCCCGUCCCUGCUCCUCGCCCCAUACCACAAGCACCCAGGCGGCUCCAGCGCUCAAACGAGCGUGCUACAAUCAACGAAGACGGAUCGGUCGAAGCCUUCGACUACACCCAAACAAACGAGUACGCGGAGCGUGUGGCCUGGGAGAGACACAUAUUCGUUUUUCACGGGCGGUCUGGGUGGGCGACUGUUGGACUGCCACAGGUGGCGGUAUCGUUUCUACGAGCAAGCGUGGCCUUCGAGGUGCCGUCGUAG